GUGAAAGGCUCCAAAACAGCCGAGGGACUUAUAAAUGCAAAGACCUUUCACAGGUGAUGGCAACUUCACUUCUUGGGGAGGAACCGAGGGUUGGAUCCACUCCAUUGGCCAUGUUAGCAGCGACCUGUAACAAAAUCGGGAGCUCGAGUCCCUCGUCGGACAGCGGCUCGUUUGGGAAAGGAGGAUUUCACCCGUGGAGACGCGCAGCGCCCAGCAGCUGUUCUCUCUCUCCGUACGGCGCGCAGCGCAACGACUCGUUCAGCGCCAACAGCUCGUUCUCAUUAACGGGCACCAACGCCUCCACCAGCCCGUUUGGAAACGACUAUCCCGUGUUUCAAACUUCAGUGGCCAACAGUUCUCCGGACGCGAGCGCGCAGUCGGUGUUCAUCUCCAAAGUGGACACUCUGCAGGGGAUUUACCCGCGGAUGAGCGUCGCGCACCCGUAUGAGACGUGGUUCAAAUCCGCGCACGGUGGCAUCUCCGCCGGGGACGUGAGCGCCGGUGGCGGCUCCUCCUGGUGGGAUGUGGGCACCGGUUGGAUUGAUGUUCAAAACGCGAACGGCGCCGCGCUCCAGAGCUCUUUGCAUUCACCCUUGGGUGGAUACAACUCAGAGUAUUCCUCCCUCACUCACACCGCGUUCAGCGCCAGUCCGUCUCCGCAUCUCCUCACAGGAGGCCAGCACCUGAUGGACGGAUUCAAACCGGUUUUAUCUGCCACGUACCCAGAAACCAGCCCAGGUCCUAACGGCGCAGUGCUAGCCGGGUCUCCGCGCUCAUCCAGCCGGCGGUACUCCGGCAGAGCAACCUGCGACUGUCCGAACUGCCAUGAGGCGGAGCGCCUGGGGCCCUCGGGGGCCAGUUUGCGCAGAAAGGGCCUCCACAGCUGCCACAUCCCGGGCUGCGGAAAAGUAUACGGAAAGACAUCGCACCUCAAAGCGCAUUUGCGUUGGCACACCGGCGAGAGGCCGUUCGUCUGUAACUGGCUGUUCUGCGGGAAGCGCUUCACCAGGUCCGACGAGCUCCAGCGGCAUUUACGCACACACACCGGGGAAAAGAGAUUCGCCUGUCCGGUGUGCAACAAGCGCUUCAUGCGCAGCGACCAUCUCAGUAAACACGUGAAGACGCACAGCGCGGGAGAGCCCGGCUCCAGCGGGGUCAAGAAGGGCAGCGACACCGACAGCGAACAGAGUGUACCGGGCAGCCCGGCCUGCCAGUCACCCGCACAGAACGGCCUCUGAGAAGAGACAGAGAUAACACGUGCUCUUAAAGAUAAAGGGUCCUCUAAAUAGCUUUUUAUUCUCAAAUACCUUGGUAUUUUAAAGAACCCAUAACACUGAUCUGAAAACUUAUAAAACAUGCCUCCACUAUAUAUAUAAAAAAAAUACAACCCACCAUUUUUCAGAGUACAUAAACACACUUAAUAAAACGAAACGUUCCAAAUGGUGUUUUUCGCUGCGAUGCGAUAGAACCAGCGUUUUUGGUUCUUCAAAGAACCUUUCAGUGAAAAGUUCUAAAAAGCAUUUUUUUCUCAGUGUAAAGAACGUUUGGAAAAUCUAAAAGUAGCCUAUUUUUUUCCCAUAACAAACAACAUUCUGCGUAACGGAUGCUAAAGGUUCGUUUUGGAACCACUGAUGCCAGUAAAGAACUUUUAUUUUCAAGAGUGUGGCAACUCAAGAACUGAAGUGUUUCUUGUCUUCAGAGAACCAUGAGUGUUCAUUAAAGAAGCUGUGUUUUUAAGAGUGUGCACGUGUGAACACUGAUCUCAGUUUAUCAGACGCCACUUUUGAUUAUAUUUGACUACUGAUUUGAAUAUUUAGACUGAAUUCUAGACUGAUUUUUAAAUCAGCAGAAGGUCUCUCUCAGGUGUUCUUGGAUAUUUGAAAUAGUCCUUUCUGGAUAAUAACCUCGUCUUGCAGAUAAAGAUGAAACAAACUGCAGAACUUCGCUGCAUCUACAGAUUCUCUUCACACAUGUCUAUUGAGGCACUUUAUUAAACUAAUUAAGAAAAUCAAGGGGUUUAUUCCUCAUCAGCUGCACACGUGUCUUAUUAUUCUGUACUUGUCAACUGAACUGGUUUAUUUUGUGCUUCUUGAUUUGGAAACGGAGAGUCUCUAAUAUUACGCCUAUUUCGGAGAUGACAAGUGUGUUUUUGUACAUUAGUCGUGCAGUUGAUGUCUAUGACGGUGAAUCUGAACUCUUCUCAAUGCAAAGUGAAAUUGUACAUAGGAUUGUCUCGAAACUCUAUUUAUCAUCGAGUUUGAUUUGUGCUUUGAAGUCUAUCAGAGUCGCUAUAUUUAUAAUUUCAGGAUCGAGUCGAGUCGAUCAGGUAUUGGUUUAUCUUUUUUAUUAUUAUUAUUAUUUAAUUGAGCAUGUGUGUUUGUAUUUACUGACCGUUUACUUUAAGGUAAUAAAGUCAAACAUGACUUGGCUA